AAUUGUGAUUAUAAAUAAUGUUUGCAUUAUCAAGAGGUAUCUUUUUAUUCAGUAUAAUAAGCCCUUAAAUUUCAGUAACCAAUAUUUGCUUUCUCUCAAUUUUAAUUGCUUAAAGGAAAGUAUGCAGUUCCACCUAAACCAAGAAAAUAGAAAAAUUCAGUACCAAUUACAUUUAAUUUAAGGAUCUGGCAAUUCAUCAACAAAAAUUAAAAGAGUGGUAAGAAAAUUAUGAUGUCCCAAAAAGACCAAGCAUAACAUCAGAAAAGAUCCAAUUUUAUGGAAAAAAAUUCCCUCAUUUGAAAACUAAGUGGGCUGAAUUAUUAGAGCAAAUCAAGACUUUACCUGCAGAGGAGGUAGCAAAGAAUGACGAAAUAAUUAAAAACUCUGCAGAACAGAAGACUCAAAUCUUUUAAAAACGUAUGGAAGAGUAUCAGAACAAAUACUUAGUUAAAGUAGGUAAUAUGACAGCAUAAGCUAUGUUUUUCUCAACCAUUCAAUUUAACGAUCUCAAAUCCCUUUGGGCUAAGUACAAUGAGUUAUCAGAAGAAGAAAAAUAAAAAUACCAACAAUUAGCUAAUGAAGAAAAUUAAAGAAAAGAUGCAAAAUUGGAAAAAAUUGCUUAAUAAUAUGGAUUGUCACUUGAAGAAUUUAAAAAGGAAGUACGUAAAAUAAUUAAAGAAAGCAGAAAAAAGAAUGAAGAGUCUUCUUCAUCAUCUUCAGACGAUGAAAAAACAUAAUCAAAUAAGAAAGAUUCAAAGAAUUGAU